AAGUUCCGGUGUACUGGAUGUCGUAAACAAAGAAUGAAUUUAAGCUACAUUCACCGUGCUAUGUGUUAGGAACCUAUAGAGUUAUGGCAAGGCAUGCAGUCCUGUCAUCGGGAGAAAAAAUUUGGAAAUUUAUAGCUUGUGAGAAGUCACAGCUGCGUCUGGAUCUCACUCUUGCUUGUGGGCAAUCCUUCCGUUGGAGAGAGACGUCAGAAGGCCACUGGACUGGAGUGGUUGGAGGACGAGUGUGGACUCUAACCCAAACAGAAGAUACUUUGUGGUACCAUGUGUACGAAAAAAAUGGCAGGUACAUGGAUACAGGAGAUGGGACAGCAAAUUAUGGUGUUUCCCUCAAUGAGGAAAACAAGUCUCAGAUGAAAUUGAGAGAAAUUGUGAAGAAGGAAGAGGAGCAGGCAGUGGCUGUAACCGUCCAGAAUGACGAAGAAGAAGAGGCAAUGCUGAGAGAUUACUUCCAACUGAAUGUGAAUCUGAGGGAUCUGUAUAGGAAAUGGGGAGCAGCAGACCCCCAUUUCAAGAAAAUUGCAGACAUCUUCACUGGUGUGCGAAUGCUCCGCCAAGACCCCACUGAAUGCCUCUUUUCCUUCAUUUGCACCUCCAACAACCAUAUCUCUCGUAUCCAAGGCAUGGUGGAGAGGCUGUGUCAGGCCAGGGGUAACCUGCUCUGUCAGCUGGAUCAAACCUCUUACUACGACUUUCCUUCGCUGUCUGCAUUAGCAGACAAUAGUGUCGAAGCUUGCCUUAGGGAACUUGGUUUUGGAUACAGAGCUCGGUUCCUGCAAAAAAGUGCAAAGCAGAUUUUGGACAACCAUGGUCCCAAAUGGCUUGAAGGUCUACGCAAUGUCCCAUAUGUGGAGGCCCGUGAUGCCUUGCGUGCCCUCCCUGGAGUGGGCACUAAGGUGGCAGAUUGUGUAUGUCUGAUGUCGCUGGAUAAGGCUGAUGCAGUUCCAAUUGACACACACGUGUGGCAAAUUGCCAAACGUGAUUAUAAAUACACUACUGUCAAUGAACCAAAAAACAUCACAGAAAAACUUCACAAAGACAUCGGGGAUUUCUUCAGGAAGCUGUGGGGUCCUUAUGCUGGCUGGGCACAAUCUGUUUUGUUCUGUGCGGACCUCAAGAAAUUCCAAAAGCUGAAAGAAGGGCUACAUUUGAAGAGGCCAAAGAAAGAGUCAAAAGGUGAAAGUAUGGUAACAUGCAAAAAAAAAAGAAGCAAAUAUUAAAACUAUAAAAGAUGGAACUGUGAAAAACAGGAAACCCGAGACAGCAUUUCACAAGAAGGGAAAGUUGAGUACGUAGUAUAACACAUUUUUCUGCAAUGUAAAGUUUGAUACCUCUCCUUUUCAGGAACACACUUACAGUAUGACUUACUCAUUUUUGUACACAUUUUUAGCCUCAUGAUAUUUUGUAAAUGGAUGUUUUGUUUAUGUAACUUCUCCUUUGUGUAGGGCCCCAUGAAUUUACAAAUUCAGCACUGUGGUGACUUUUAAAAAAUAAACAUUAAAUAGCUUCUAUGCUGCUUUUUGUAUUGUAUAUCCACAUUAUCGCACACAAUUACUGGAAUUUCAGAAAUCGAGCGUAAAGCACAAUAACUCUGCUGCAUUCAGAAAUGGCCACAAGGCGGCAGUAUGGACUAGAAUAGACACCACUGUAUUACUUCGCAUGUUAAAGCCACAUAUGGGUCAUUUGCUUUGUCCAGUCUAUUUUAAGAGCACAUUAAGAGCAAGUUGGAGUGUUUUCCUUGGGGGAAUGUGGUCUGCCAAUAUCUUUGCCAGCGUGUGUUUUGUGGUAUCUAACAUAACGAUGGCAAUAAUGCGUAUGUUGUGUUUCAUCAUUGUCUUUGUUUCUGUUUAAUUUAGCGGCUGCAAAGCGCGAUAGUGUCCAUGUGUUUAUAGGCCAGCUGGUCUCUUUACAGCAGGCAUGACAGCUAUGGUUUACCACUGCUUUGGUGUUUGGGACGAAAAUGCUGGCCCCUAUUGGCCACAAUAACAAUAUAUUCGUAUACAUAGAGUAAAAUAUGUCAACAUACUGAAUUAUUAUCCUACAUUAAAUAUAAAAGUAAGGUUUCUUGGUAAUCAGGUGCAUGACAUAUGCAGCUACAUGUGUCAUGUUUAUGUGGUACAACCAUAGGCGUUUAUUUGUGGAACAGUGUGCAGCCAUGUGUGUUAAUGAAAAUGUGAGUCAGCGUUCAUGUUCACUCCAGUUAAGCUGGACACAGGCUGGGGCCCUGCUUUAGGGCAGAGUGAGGCCAAAAAACAACAACAGCAUUAGAAGAGUGUUAAGAAAGCAGCAAAAUUGAAGCAAAUACGGGAGGGUUUGGUGAAUGUAUGCCGGAGGUGAGCACAUAAAUUUCAGAGGGAAGGCCUGUGCGUUAUGUAAGUGAUGGGACUUGUGUUUUGUCCCCAGUUGAGAGGAUAUCUGCUCAUCUGGCUUUGUGUUUGUGGGGUGAAUUACUUUAUAGAGACACCAGGGGGCAUAACAAUUUCAACUGCCAGUGUUCAGUUGGUUCAGAGACAAAAUUCUCAUUAGUUUUCCAGGAGAGAUUAAUGCUACACUGGGUUUACUCCACCGAGAUCCCCUAAAAUGGUCAUGACCUUCACCAAAUAGCUUCUGAAAUGGUUGUUAUUCCUGCUGAAUAGUAACAUAUGUAUUACAGUGUCAGAUACAUUGCCUAAGCUGGAUAAAAUUUACGGAGAUGUGUUGAUUCACCUUAGAUGCGGUAGCUCGUGAAACCCAAUGCUUUUGGAGCCAAUCUCCACAUUCAAGUCUGUUUUAUGGAGGCCCACAGUUGGCCAAAUAAGUCUUUGGUGUCUAGACAACCCCAGAGUUGGUUUGAGCAGUUGACGUUAGCAAUAUGAAGGUUUCGGGUAUUUUUGAUAAAAAGCUUAGGCUUAUUUCCCGGAGGUGAUUAAUACUUUCUUCCAUCUGAUAGCGCUAGAGCUUGGCUGGCAAAUGAUGAAGGUUCAGUGCCUUGUAGAGCUGAGGAAGAUCCAGUUCUGACUGUUCCAGAGAUGAAUUUCACAGACCGUAUACCAAGAUCAAUUCAAAUGACUAGGUGGAAUGUGUUCACUACAUACAUUCCAUUUUGACUGUGGGUGUGAGAUAGCAUGUGUACCAUGUGUGGCUUUAGUAUGUACUGUAUGUGUCUGCGGUCAAUACCCUUUUUGUGUAUGUAUUACAGCAUUUUGCACAAUUUAUACCUCUUUGCUUAACUUAAAACACAGAGAUGAUUACUUGCUUUUCUGAAGGCCCUUUUAGUCAGUUGAAGAGUUGACAGAGGAUGCAGUAUACUGUACACUCCACUUACACAGUCUUUACAAACAUAUUUAGGCUCCGUUUUCAAUGACUGGCAGUCUUUUCUAAUAUUUUACGUACCUUAUUGAUCGACUGUGCAUGCCUGAAAAAAUAUGAGCUCAACUACAACCACAACAAAAAAUAUACUGUUACAUUAAUGCCACUCUUACAGUACCAAUCAAAGUUGACCAUUGUCCUCUUUGGAAAAGCAUGAUUUAUGAUACAACUCUUGAAUUGGAUUUAAUGAAAUUGUGUAAGUGUACCUAAUGUAGUGACUGAUGAGUGUCAAUGCAAUGGCCUGAAAACAUACAGUUCAGGUUAUUGCAACAGGGGAUUGUUUUGAAAAGAAAGGGAACAUUUAAUUAGUUCUUUUGAUGUCAAUUGAGGAGUCUGGUCCAAAGAAUCAGACCCCCCACUGGCUGAGCAGAUUACGGUAAUCUUAUUAAGUGAGAAAACUCAUGCAAACAUGACCCUCAGCAGGAAGUGGUUGCACAUGCCUAAAUUACAGUAUAUAUUCACUCACUCAUCGAAAACAUUUGGUACACUUGCACAGUUGUUUUGGCUGUUUGUUUGUAUAGUCAACAUUUUGUAUCAAAUUGGCACAAAGAAAACAUCACAAACUGCAAAUGUUCUCUUUUACAUCACCAGAUAUUUGUUACAUCAGUGCACAAUUUCAUGCAAUUGUGUACAAAAUGUUGUUUACCUAUACUGAGUAACAUGGGAGGGGCAAACAUUUUCGAAACAGCUCUCAGUAUUACCACAAUAAUAGGCAUAAUGUUAAAUGUGUUUAUAACCGCAUCACUCAAAAUUUGACAUUAUACAGGAUGUUUUUCUGAUACAUAUAUAAAUAUAUUCUUACUGGAUUUCAUGUUAUUAUCAUUUAUGUUUCAUUAUAUCAGUCAAAAGAAAUACAGUGGAUCCCUGCACAAUUGCGAUUCAGCAUUCACAGCCCAUGACUCUGAUUAAUCCGUUCUAGUGAUCAGCAUUCCUUAGGAGUGAGUACCUAUACAUUUUAUAAUCUAUUAUUUAUUUAUAAUAUUGUUUUUUAUUUUAAUAAGUGUGUGAAGUAUAUUUAGGGCUUAAACCUGGAUUGUGCAUUUAGCCCGUUUGCUUCCGUUGCUAGUUGCUAAUGGCACUUAAAGACAGAGGGUUUCGGAGCUGAAUCUAAUGUAAUAAUUAAAACAAUAAAACAGUCACUUUUAUUGCAAAUGUUGAUCUGAAAUUGGAGGAAAACCCCAAUGUCAAGCUAGCAGAAGUAUUUAGAGGGGUGGGAGCGUGACGUGGGCGUAUCAAUUACUCAUGGGUUUUUGCCACUCGCUGAUAGAUGUGGAACAUAACCCCUGCGAAAAGCAGGGAUCCACUGUAACUACUGAGAAGGGGUAGGAUUAAAUGAGAUUUGCUUCUUCCUAAUCCUUUGCGGACAUGUUGAACUGUGCAAGUGUAAACAUGUGGGCCACUUUAAUGUAACACUGUUAAGCAUGCUCCAAAUAAACCAAACCAAACAACUGUAAAUAAAGGGAAGUAAUGUUUCUGUCAUGUGAUAAUUAUCCGAAUAUGGAUAAUGUAUAACAAAUAUGGCAUCAAUUUCAACUACAAUUCCAGGAUGAAGUAGUGUCACAACAAGCUGUUGCGAAACAGAAAGGCAAUUAAAGGUUCAUAAUUAACAAAAUAAAUGGUAAACAAGAAAAAAAUGGAACAUGAAAUAGUAAACUUGUGGUUUCUUACAAUAUUCACAUCAUUAAUUGUAUGAGAUAGUUCUACGGCUUAUUUUGUCUGAGGUUGACAAUAAAGA